AUGGACAAUUUUCUAGAGUUUUGUGGUGUUCUUGGUGGUUUGGUGAUCGAUCUGCUCCUGUUUGUUGUUGUUCUUCGUUCCUUUCAUCUCCCUCUCCCCUUUUUAAUCCGAUUUGAGGUGUCGACCGACACCAAGCGGGUGUCGCUCAACACUGAUCGGUUCGACCGGUUCGAUUGGAAAUUGAGGGGUGCUACUUGGUUCUCCAAGAUUGACUUGGGUCGGGUAUCAUCAGAUCCCGAUAGAUGA